ACCCUUGAAAAUAGAUAAGCAGCAAUGUAGUCAUUACGUUGCUUCGAAUUUCGAAACAUACUUCAAGAUAAAUUAUGUUACUAAGGGGUACCGAUCGUAUUAUUUUCGCGCCUUUUUAUCUGGAAUAUUACUACUAGGUAUUAGGCCUAACGCAAAGUCAGGUAAGUAUUGUAGGAUUUGUUAGUUGUGGAUAGGCUUUACACCUAACCGUUAAACUGCAGGUUAUGGCUGAUAAAGAGAAAGCAGAAUUCUACAGUAAAGGAAAGGAGUACUGGGAAAUGGUUCCUGCUACUAUAGAUGGAAUGUUGGGAGGUUUCUCAGAAAUAUCCACUAUUGAUAUUCAAGCAUCGGCUAGGUUUUUGAAUAUGUUUCUACAAAAUAAAGAAAAUCCUGUGGGCCAUAUAAAAGCUCUAGACUGUGGAGCAGGAAUAGGGAGGGUUACAAAACAUCUACUACUGAGAUACUUUGACAAAGUAGACAUUGUGGAACAGAAUCAAAACUUUAUAGAUCAGGCUCGGAAGUACAUUGGUGAGCCUGCUGACAGAGUUGAAGAGUUGUACUGUUGUGGUAGGUAUUUAGGUUUGCAGGAUUUUACUCCAGUGGUCAGAAAAUAUGAUGUCAUUUGGUGCCAGUGGGUUACUGGUCAUUUAACUGAUACAGAUUUUGUCAACUUUCUGUCAAGAUGUAAAAAGGGAUUGAAGAAGAAUGGGUUGAUGAUAAUUAAAGACAAUCUGACUUCGUCAGGAGAAGUUGACAAUGACAACCAAGACAGUAGUGUAACGCGACCCAGAGAAUUGAUGGUGAAACUAUUUGAAGAGGCUGGUUGUAGUCUUUUAGCAGAAAGAAAGCAGUACAAGUUACCUAAGGGUUUGUAUGAAGUGAAAAUGUUUGCUAUAAGGUAACAAUUGGCUGAAGCUUCGUGUGUGAUAAAACACCAUGUGAUGUUCAAACAAACUUGAAAUAAAUAUAAUUUUUGUUUUGGAAGUUCUAAAGUCGUGUAUAAUUUUUUGUACCAUGUAUCCUCGUUUUGUUUUUAUCUUAGUAAUAAAAA